AUGGAGGAGGAGCUGAAGUGCCCCGUGUGCGGCUCCCUCUUUCGGGAGCCCAUCAUCUUGCCCUGUUCCCACAAUGUCUGCCUGCCUUGCGCUCGUACCAUAGCGGUGCAGACCCCGGAUGGUGAGCAGCACCUGCCUCAGCCGCUCCUGCACUCCCGGGGCUCGGGGCCGCCCGCGGGUGCCGCCGCCGCGCCCCCUCUGGACCAUGAUGGGGCGGCUGGCCCGGCCUGCAGCGGCGGGGGCGCGAGCACAGCUGGCGGCCUGGGCGGCGGUGCGGGAGGUGGUGGAGACCACGCGGACAAGCUGAGCUUAUACAGUGAGACAGACAGCGGUUAUGGCUCCUACACCCCGAGCCUCAAGUCCCCCAACGGAGUUCGCGUGCUGCCCAUGGUGCCCGCGCCGCCCGGCUCCUCGGCUGCUGCGGCCCGGGGUGCCGCCUGCUCUUCGUUGUCCUCGUCCUCCUCAAGCUCCAUCACGUGCCCGCAGUGCCACCGCAGCGCCUCCCUGGACCACCGCGGGCUGCGCGGCUUCCAGCGCAACCGGCUGCUCGAAGCCAUCGUGCAGCGGUACCAGCAGGGCCGCGGGGCUGUGCAGGGGGCGUCCGCAGCUGUGGCAGUGGCCAUCUGCCAGUUGUGCGACCGCACUCCGCCCGAGCCGGCCGCCACGCUCUGCGAGCAGUGCGACGUGCUCUACUGCACUGCCUGCCAGCUCAAGUGCCAUCCAUCCCGAGGACCGUUCGCUAAGCAUCGCCUGGUGCAGCCGCCGCCGCCGCCCGCGCCCGUCGAGGCCUCCUCUGCGUCCCCAGGCGCUGCCCCGGGCGCCUCCAGCGGAGGAGGCAGCUGCAAGAGCCCGGGGGGCUCCGGGGCCGGAGCGGCUGGGGGCAGCGCGGCCCGCAAGUACCCUACGUGCCCUGAGCACGAAAUGGAGAACUACAGCAUGUACUGCGUGACCUGCCGAACCCCGGUGUGCUAUCUGUGCCUGGAGGAGGGCCGGCACGGCAAGCACGAGGUGAAGCCGCUGGGGGCCAUGUGGAAACAGCACAAGGCCCAACUGUCUCAGGCCUUAAAUGGAGUUUCCGAUAAGGCAAAAGAAGCAAAGGAAUUUCUGGUUCAGCUGAAGAACAUUCUGCAGCAGAUCCAGGAAAAUGGACUGGACUAUGAAGCCUGCCUGGUUGCUCAGUGUGAUGCGCUGGUCGACGCUUUGACUCGGCAGAAAGCCAAGCUGCUCACCAAGGUUACUAAAGAGAGGGAGCACAAGUUGAAGAUGGUUUGGGACCAGAUCAAUCACUGCACAUUGAAGCUGCGCCAGUCAACAGGGCUGAUGGAAUACUGCCUGGAGGUGAUCAAGGAGAACGACCCCUCCGGGUUCCUACAGAUCUCGGACGCCCUGAUCAAGCGUGUCCAGGUGUCUCAGGAGCAGUGGGUCAAAGGCGCCCUGGAGCCAAAAGUGUCAGCGGAGUUUGACCUGACGUUGGACAGCGAGCCGCUGCUGCAGGCCAUCCACCAGCUGGACUUCAUUCAGAUGAAAUGUAGGGUGCCGCCCGGCCCCCUGCUGCAGCUAGAGAAGUGCUGCACUCGCAACAACAGUGUCACGCUGGCCUGGAGGAUGCCGCCCUUCACCCACAGCCCCGUGGACGGCUACAUCCUGGAGCUGGACGAUGGCGACGGGGGGCAGUUCCGGGAAGUGUAUGUCGGCAAGGAGACCCUAUGCACCAUUGACGGUCUUCAUUUCAACAGCACCUACAACGCCAGAGUCAAGGCGUUCAACUCCUCUGGCGUCGGGCCCUAUAGUAAAACUGUCGUCCUGCAGACAUCUGAUGUGGCCUGGUUCACAUUUGACCCCAACUCUGGGCACCGGGACAUCAUUUUAUCCAAUGACAACCAGACGGCCACCUGUAGCAGCUAUGACGACCGGGUGGUGCUGGGCACGGCCGCGUUCUCCAAGGGCGUGCACUACUGGGAGCUGCAUGUGGACCGGUACGACAACCACCCAGACCCCGCCUUCGGCGUGGCCAGGGCCAGCGUGGUCAAGGACAUGAUGCUGGGCAAGGACGACAAGGCCUGGGCCAUGUACGUGGACAACAACCGCAGCUGGUUCAUGCACUGCAACUCCCACACCAACAGGACGGAAGGCGGUGUGUGCAAGGGGGCCACUGUCGGCGUGCUGCUGGACCUCAAUAAGCACACUCUGACCUUCUUCAUCAACGGGCAGCAGCAGGGCCCCACAGCCUUCAGCCAUGUGGACGGGGUCUUCAUGCCAGCUCUCAGCCUCAACCGCAACGUGCAGGUCACUCUGCACACAGGAUUGGAGGUGCCAACAAACCUGGGGCGCCCAAAGCUGUCGGGCAACUAGCCUCCCAGCUCCAGUUCUCCAUGGGUGUCUGGGAAAAGCCCCACCAGCCCUCGUGUUCAAA